AUGGCGUCGACUAAUCCUUCGGUGCUCCUGUAUGGUCCAGGAAAAGCGAAAAUUGAAGACAGACCUCUACCAGAGAUCAACAGUCCUACUGAUGCAAUAGUUCGGAUCAAGUUCGUGGGAGUGUGCGGGAGUGACGUUCAUUUCUGGACUCAUGGAGGCGUUAAUGGGAAAGUGGUCUCCGAGUCAAAGCCGUUGGUCAUGGGGCACGAGGCCUCAGGUACAAUACAUGCUGUCGGAUCGGCGGUGACACAUUUGAAACCGGGUGACAAUGUUGCGAUUGAACCGGGCCAGCCUUGCCGUUCUUGUGUGCGGUGUAAAGAAGGGUUGUACAAUCUUUGUCCACAAAUGAAAUUCGCCGCUUGCCCGCCCGAUACUCCCGGAUGUUUGACAAAGUAUUUCAAGAUUCCUGCAGAUUUUUGUUACAAACUGCCACUGGGGGUAAAUCUGCAAGAAGGAGUUCUAGCAGAACCACUUGCUGUUGCAGCGCACGCUGUUCGGAUGGUUAAGAUCCGACCCGGUCAAAGUGUCGUGAUAUUUGGCUCCGGCACCAUCGGUCUCGUCUGCGGUGUCGUUGCUCGAUUGUUCGGAGCGAAGAAGAUUGUUGCUGUAGAUUUGUUGGACCAUAAGCUGGAGUUCGCCAAAGGACUCAGUCAAUCAAGCACAUUCAAGCCAGACCUGAGUGCGUCGCCAGAGGAGAAUGCUACUCGCUUGAUUCGAGAACAUGAUUUGGGACUAGGGGCCGACGCCGUCAUCGAAGCAUCCGGAGCUGAGAGUUCGAUAGCUACUGCGGUGUACGUUCUUCGGCCAGGAGGCUCAUGCGUACAAACAGGACUGGGUAAGGCGAUGGUGAAUUUCCCUAUUUUGACAAUGAGUGAGAAAGAGCUGCACAUGCAUGGGGCGUUCCGGUAUGGUCCAGGUGACUAUAGGGUCGCCAUGGACAUACUCGAGGCUGGUACCAUCCCGCUCAAAACCUUGAUUUCCAACGUGUUCGAUUUCGAACAGACCACAAGCGCAUGGGAAGAGACUAAACAGGGGCGGGGUAUCAAAAAUAUGAUUCGAGGCUAUGGGUAUAAAGAUCCUGGUCGAGUAAUUCAUUUGUAG